AUACACACUGAAAAAACUCCCCCUUUUACCACCACCACCACCUCCUCCUCCUCCUCCUCCUCCUCCUCCCAUCUGAUACCCCUACACUCAAAACCCAGUGACAUCCAACAAAAAAAAAGGGGGGGGGGGGGGUGGGCGAGAAACGUCAAUGCACGCACAGCACCACACUUGAUAAAAUUAAAACAUUCACGGCCCUCUUUUUUUUUCCACAUUAACAUUAUAUUUUAA